CAAACCGCAACGGUGCCGGCCAAAGGGCAGCCGCGAGAGACCGGUUACGCGGGCACGCACGCUCGUUAGAGCGCCAACGACCAGCAACCGUGUGACCGGUGCAGGUCGUUUGGGCAGCCGAGACCCAGUUCCGCGCGCACGCACGCUCGUCCAUUGGGGCAGCCGAUGCCAGCACUGGCGCCGAAGCGCGCCAGCAAGAGUUUGAAGGCCGAGCGCGAUAGAGACAGAGCACCGCCCGCCUACAUGGUGCGCGGCAGGAAGACGCCGCGUGAUCGCGACGACAGCUACAGUGACGACAGCAGCCGCAGCCGCAGCCCGAGCGACGACAGCAGAUCAAAGAAGCGCGGCUUCGCGGCCACGAAAACGAAGAAGCGCGCGCCGGCCAAGUCCGCGGCGCUCGGCUUGGUCCGGAAGGAGACCGAUAGAGUCCGCGCGGACCUCGACCGCGAGGCGAGCCGCGCGCUGCCCGCGGCGCGGAAGCGCGACGGCGGCGCGGCGAAGAGCGCGCGGGCGGCGCUCGCGGCGCGCAAGGCCCGCAGCGGCGACGCCGGGCGCCUGCUGCUGACGGACCGGGAGAAGGCCCGCAAGUCGACGAGCCGGCGCGGCGCCUCGGACGACUCUGAUGAUGACGACGAGGAGUUCCGCCGCCACGCGGAGAAGUCCCGGCGCCGCAAGGACGAUUCGGACGACGAGAAGCCCCGGUCCCGCGACAAGCCCCGGCGCCGCGUAGACGACGACGCCGACGACGACGACGUCGUGCUCGCCGGCCUGCGCAAGGCCAAGGACCUGGACGACGAGGACGUCUUCGGCAGCCGGCGCCGCGCCAAGGGCCGGGACGAGGACAGCGACGUCUUCAAGAGCCGCGCCAAGAGCCGGGACGACGACAGCGACGUCUUCAAGAGCCGCGCCAAGAGCCGGGACGACGACAGCGACGUCUUCAAGAGCCGCGCCAAGGGCCGGGACGAGGACAGCGGUGUCUGGGGCGACAAGUCUAGGAAGAGCCGGGCGGACGACAGCGGCGUCUGGGGCGACAAGUCGCGGGCCAAGAGCCGGGCCCGGGACGACGACAGCGACCCGUGGGGCGGCGACAAGUCUAGGAAGAGCGACAGGCCGCGCGCCCGGAGCCCGGCGGACGAGAGCGACGUCUGGGGCGACCGGAAGAGCCGCGCGCAAGACGACGACGACGACGCUUUCAAGUCGAGGACCAAGACGACGACGUGGCGCGUCCGCGACGUCGACGACGACGGCAACACGACGAUCACGUCGGCGCGGUCGCCGCGCGUGAUCGAAGAGGCGCGCGACGACGCUAUCGUGAAUACGGUCCGGGACGGCGGCGCGUCGCCCGUGCCGUUCUCCACGACGCGGCCGCCCGACGACGUCGCCGAGGCCUUCGACCGGUUGAAGACCGAGAACGCGGCGCUGCGCCACGAAUUGGCCCAGUCCCUGAAGGCGGCGGACGUCCUCGCGGCCGGCGGCGUCGCCGCGGCGACGAUGGCCCAGUCUUUAGCUGAUGGCGACGCUCCCGGACGCGCCUUAGAUGUGGUGUCUCGUUUAGAAGACCAGGGCGCGGGGCCGGCGACGCGAACGCUCGCGGAGGUACCAAUGAUCGGUGCGGCGGCGCCCGUCUGCGCGGUGUCUGCCGAGCGGACCAUGGUGCCGAAGCGCGGCCCCCGUAUUAGUGUGUGGGGCGCGCACGAGCGGGCCGUGUCGUCGGCCAUCGAAGAUAGAAUUACGAGAACGCAGUCGCUGGACUGCGUGAGCCGCCUGCGGGCCGCCGUGAGCCGCGUGAACGAGCGGGACGGCUACACGACGACGUCGAGAAUCUACGGCGCUUUUAGAGAUGCGGGCUUCCUCACUCUCACACCAAGGGACGUGGAAGACGACCUCUGCAAGGGUUUGUCCAUGGACCAGCGCGGCCGCGUCGACGUCGGCGAAUUACUCAGGCUCUGCGCGGACGUCGCCGACGAGUGCGCCGAGUCCAUCCUCGGGGCUGGGGAUUUGAUCUCGCGCUUCGGCCCCUCCGCGACGGGCGGCCCGCCGGAGGGCUGGUCCGGCGACAAGCGUCCCGAACCCGAUGACGACGACGACGACGACGAGGACGGGAGGCGCCGCCGGCGAAAAAGGCGAUCGUCGCGGUCGCGGUCCCGCUCCGAUUCAAGCUCGCGGUCGCGGUCGCCGCGGCGCCGCUCCUCGAAGUCGCGCCGCGACAAGCGGUCGCGGUCGCGCUCGGACUCGCCGCGGUCGCGCCGCCGCGGCUCCUCGCGCCGCGACCGGGACAAGCGGUCGCGCUCGCGCUCGGACUCGCCGCGGUCGCGCCGCCGCGACCGCAGGGACCGCGACAAGUCGCCGCGGUCGCGCCGCGACAAGGACAAGCGCUCGUCGUCGCGCCGCGGCGACGACAAGCGCUCGCGCGGCGCCGAGGGCCGCCUCUACGACCGCCUGCGCGCCAAGCGCGACGGCUCGCGCCGCCGCCGCGACGACUCGCCGCGGAGCCGCCGCGACCGCGACCGGUCGCCUCGCAGCCGCCGCGACCGCGACGCCUCGGACUCGCCGCGCUCGCGCCGCCGCGGCUCCUCGCGCCGCGACCGCGACCGCGACCGCGACGACUCGCCGCGGUCGCGCCGGACGGCGUCGUCGCGCGUGCUGGCCAAGCGCGACCGCGCGGUCACGGGCCGCGACGGCUACCCCGUGGGCAAGGGCCGGCGCGACACGCGCGACCGCGACCGCUCGCGCCGCCGCAAGGACGACGACAGCUCGACGCUCGAGUCGCGCGACAAGUCCCGGCGCCGCCGCGACGACAGCGAGGACGAGAAGUCCCGUCGGCGCGCCUCGUCUCGCCGCCGUAAAGACGACUCCGAGGACGAGAAGUCUCGGCGCCGCACCUCGUCUCGCCGCCGCAAGGACGACUCGGAGGACGAGAAGUCCCGCAAACGCGCCACGUCGCGCCGCCGUAAAGACGACUCGGAGGACGAAAAGUCCCGCAAACGCGCCACGUCGCGCCGCCGCAAAGACGACUCGGAGGACGAGAGGUCCCGCAAACGCGCCACGUCGCGGCGCCGCAAGGACGACUCGGAGGACGAGAAGUCCCGCAAACGCGCCACGUCGCGGCGCCGCAAGGACGACUCGGAGGACGAGAGGUCCCGCAAACGCGCCACGUCGCGCCGCCGCAAAGACGACUCGGAGGACGAGAGGUCCCGCAAACGCGCCACGUCGCGGCGCCGCAAGGACGACUCGGAGGACGAGAAGUCCCGCAAACGCGCCACGUCGCGGCGCCGCAAGGACGACUCGGAGGACGAGAAGUCCCGCAAACGCGCCACGUCGCGGCGCCGCAAGGACGACUCGGAGGACGAGAGGUCCCGCAAACGCGCCACGUCGCGGCGCCGCAAGGACGACUCGGAGGACGAGAAGUCGCGCCGCCGCCGCGACGACGACAGCAAGACGCUGAAGAAGCGCGACACGAAUAGAAGGGUCACGGGCAAGGUCGUGGACGCCGUCAAGAGGCGGAGCAGGCACGAGGCCGGGAGCCCGCGCGACGCCUUCGCGCGGAGUCUGCGGAGGCUCUUCGAGGACAUGGACGUGAACGGCGACGGCGUCCUCUCGAAGCGGGAGAUCCGGGACGCGUUGUUGGAUCUGGGCCGACGAGACAAGGAGAACGCGUUCCUGAAACCAAAGGAGCUGCGCGACCUCUUCGACGACAUGGAUCUGAACGGGGACGGCAAGGUGUCGUACGACGAGCUCGUGGAUUUUUUGGUGGAGCACGUCGCGGGCGACCGGACGGCCCGGAAGGGCGACCGGCGCCGCAAGGACGACUCGCCGGCCAAGAAGGCGUCCGCGAAGGAGGCGACCUUCGUCAAGGCCCUCAAGAAGCACUUCGAGGACGUCGAUAAAGAUGGAAGCGGCGACCUGUCCAAGAAGGAGGUCCGCGACGCCCUGGUCUCGUUCGCGCGGAAGGAUCGCUCCGGGAAAUUCCCGAAAAAAGACGCGCUGCGGGACCUGUUCGAUGAAUUAGAUCUGAACGGCGACGGCUACGUGUCCUAUGACGAGCUCUGCGAUUUUAUCGACGAGCGCGUGUCUUCUCGCAAGAAAAGUCCGGAGCGGUCCCGCGGCGACGACAAGGCCGAGGUCACCUUCGCGAAAGCGCUGAAGAAGCACUUUGACGACCUCGACAAGUCCGGGGACGGCGACCUGUCGAAGCGGGAAGUCAAGCAAGCCCUGCAAACCUUCGCGCGGAAAGACAAAUCGGGCAAAUACCCGAAGCUCAAGGAGAUCACGUCGAUUUUCGCAGACAUGGACUUAGAUGGAGACGGCCACGUGUCCUACGACGAGGUCUGCGACUACAUCGACGAGCGCGUCGACGGCAAGCGGCGCCGCAAGGACGACGCCGACGACGAGAAGCCCCGCCGCCGCAAGAAGGACGACGCGAGCGACGACGACGAAACAGACCCGCGCAAGACCUUCGCCAAGGCCCUCAAGAAGCACUUCGACGACCUCGACAAGUCCGGUGAUGACGACCUGUCCAAAAAAGAAGUGAAACAAGCCUUGGUCGCGUUCACGAAGAAGGAUAAACAGGGCAAGUUCCCGAAGCUCAAGCAGCUCGCCGAUCUAUUUAGAGACAUGGAUCUGAACGGCGACGGCCACGUGUCGUACGACGAGCUUACCGAGUUCAUCGACGGGAUCGGGGGCGGCCGCGACACGAAGAAGGAUGUGACCUUCGCGAAGGCGCUGAAGAAGCAUUUCGAUGAUCUCGACAAGUCCGGCGAGGGCGACCUGUCGAAGCGCGAGGUCAAGCAAGCCCUGCAGAGCUUCGCGAAGAAGGAUCGCGCGGGCAAGUACCCGAAGCUCGGCGAGCUGCGGGCGCUGUUCGACGCCUUCGAUCUGGAUGGCGACGGCUACGUCACGUACGAGGAGCUCUGCGAGUACAUUGACGAGCGCGUCGACGGCAAGGGCCGCGGCGACGACAAGGCCGACCCGCGGGCGGCCUUCGCCAAGGCGCUGAAGAAGCACUUCGACGAUCUCGAUAAGUCUGGUGAUGGGGACCUGUCGAAACGGGAAGUGAAGCAAGCCCUGCAGAGCUUCAGCAAGAAGGACAAGGCGGGGAAAUAUCCGAAGCUCAAGGAGAUCGCGGCGAUCUUCGCAGACAUGGAUUUGAAUGGAGACGGCCACGUGUCCUACGACGAGGUCUGCGAUUAUAUUGAUGAGCGCGUCGGCGGCGGCGGCGCGCGGCGCGGGCGCGCCGAGGGCAAGGGCGACGAUACGCGCACGACCUUCGCCAAGGCGUUGAAGAAGCAUUUUGACGACCUCGAUAAGAGCGGUGAUGGGGAUUUGUCCAAGCGGGAGGUGAAGCAGGCGCUCCAGACCUUUGCGCGGAAAGACAAGUCAGGCAAGUACCCCAAGCUCAAGGAGAUCGCGUCGAUCUUUGCGGACCUCGACCUCGACGGCGACGGCCACGUGUCCUACGAGGAGAUCUGCGACUACAUCGAUGAGCGCGUCGACGGCAAGCGGCGCCGCAGGGACGACGGCAGCGAUGACGACCGGUCGCCGCGCGGCAAGGCCGACCCGCGCGCCACGUUCGCGAAAGCUCUGAAGAAGCAUUUUGACGACCUCGAUAAGAGCGGUGAUGGGGAUUUGUCCAAGCGGGAAGUGAAGCAGGCGCUCCAGACCUUCGCGCGCAAAGAUAAAUCAGGCAAAUACCCCAAGCUCAAGGAGAUCGCGUCGAUUUUUGCGGACAUGGACCUCGACGGCGACGGCCACGUGUCCUACGAGGAGAUCUGCGACUACAUCGACGAGCGCGUCGACGGCAAGCGGCGCCGCAGGGACGACGGCAGCGAUGACGACCGGUCGCCGCGCGGCAAGGCCGACCCGCGGGCGGCCUUUGCGAAAGAACUCAAAAAGCAUUUUGACGACCUCGAUAAGAGCGGGGACGGCGACCUGUCGAAGCGCGAGGUCAAGCAGGCGCUCCAGACGUUUGCCAAGAAGGACCGCGCGGGGAAAUUCCCGAAGCUCAAGGAGCUCAACGACAUCUUCCGGGACCUAGAUUUGGACGGCGACGGCCACGUGUCCUACGACGAGGUCUGCGAGUACAUCGACGAGCGCGUCGGCGAUGGGCGCAAGGCGAGCCGGUCGGACGACGACGACGACGACGACGACGCCGACGACGCGUCGCGGCGGUCCGGCGCG